UUCGCACAGUAUAGGAGCGUUACCAAAAAUCAGCGCGUGAUUCGUGCCGCACAGUAAACUUGGCCCUUACCGACCCUGUGCCAAGAAGGCAAGCAAGCCAAGGCUGAGUUUUCUUUUCGUCCAUCGUUGUUUCUCUCUAAUUUUAGCAUCAUCCGAAGUGUUGAUUCGUACCGUCUGGAGCAUAUGGGAAAAGGCAGCAUUCGGUCGGUGUGUGUGAGAUAGUGAAACAGAGCACAAACAGCAGCAAACGAACGAGAGUUGAUUUGACCUUCCGGAGUAGUACCCGGAGCCGGAGUUUUUGCAGAAGCAGAAGGUGAUGUGUGCGUCUAUGGUUUCCGAUUCGUCGCUGUUGGUAGUCGCUAGACGACGGGCAGCAGCAAAAGCCGCAGCCUCCCUUGGCAACGAUUGCCACCGUCGGUAGUGUACCGUAAGCAGACGGGGAAGGGAAAAAAAAUACAUUUUCCACCACCAUACUAACACACGCCGGCUAGCAGAUUGGCGGGUGCUGCAAAUUAGUAGGGUUAUCCGAAAGGUUCUACCCUUUGUGAAACGAUACCUAUCAGGCGGAUGCUUCUCGUAAAGGCGAAAUUAAAAAAAGAGUAGUAUACCUUCUUAGUGCAGUGCGCGUAUGAGUGUUUGUGGUUCGGUGUGAAUGUAACAAAAAAAAAGUUUUCAAACCCCUUUAUUCAGUCUUGUGUUUUGUGAAACAAAAAAAAUCGUGUAUCUAACAAGUUUCCUUACGAAUAGAUAAGCUUUUGUGUGUAAUAAGUGCAUAAGCGAGCGGGUGUCGUUUGUAUGUUCAGCUAUAGCGUGUAGUUAAAUCAUCCUCAAGCCUAGAAGAUACGCUAACUCGUACCAUCAUGUCGCUGGACAACCGGAACACGUCCGCCCAGUUUAAGCGGGCGGAACAGCUGAAACGCUGGGAGGAGUCGGAAAUUAACAAAAAGUUAAGCGGCGUCCCGAAGAGUCCGUCAUCUCGGCGGAUCAAAUUUUCGUCCGGCUGCAUCUUCCUAGCGGCUUGUGUCGCUGGGGAUAAGGAGGAAGUUGAGUGGUUGCUUAAGAAUGGAGCUGACAUCGAUACGGCCAAUGUCGAUGGGCUAACCGCUUUACAUCAGGCGUGCAUUGAUGACAAUUUGGAUAUGGUGGAAUUUCUCGUACAGAAAGGUGCCGACGUAAAUCGAAAGGAUAACGAAGGUUGGACACCAUUGCACGCCACAGCAUCAUGCGGAUUUCUCAGUAUAGCACGCUAUCUGAUAGAGAAUGGAGCCGAUUUAGCGUCAAUCAACAGCGAUGGUGAGCUGGCGGUAGAUUUGGCCAGCUCGGACGCCAUGGAAGAUCUCAUCCAGCAUCAUCUCGACGAGCAGGGCAUUGAUUGCGAUGAGGCACGUCAGGCGGAGGAGCGUAUCAUGUUGAGCGAUGCCACCAAGUGGCUCCGUACGGACAGUUCCGACUGUGAUAAGGCACACCCGAAGACGGGUGCUACCGCGAUCCAUGUUGCGGCCGCCAAAGGCUACAUCGGUGUGCUGAAACUACUGCUCGAAGGUCGGGGUGAUAUCGAUCGGCAGGAUGUUGACGGAUGGACACCACUGCAUGCGGCCGCCUAUUGGGGCCAGAAGGAAGCCACACAGAUGCUGUUGAAUGCUAGUGCAGACAUCGACAUCCAGAACUACAGUGGCCAGUUGGCGAUCGACAUUGCCCAGGACGAUAUCGUGCCUUUGCUGAAGGAUGCUCGCAAGAACGUGAAGCGCACGAAGCGCAGACCACCUAGUCACGGAAAUAGGAUUACGGAUAAUUUAGAAAAUAGUACGGAAACACCGACCAAGGUGAUUCGGGUCGAGGUGAAGCCGAUUGACAGCAACAAGGAGAAGGAAGCUGGAUCCGUCGCCGUCGCCCACGACGACGACGACGAAGAUGUUCACGUUGCACAACAAGAACCAUCGUAUGGCCCAGAAGAACCAGAAGAAGAAGAAUCAAAUGAAAAAGAUGAAGAGGAGGAAGAGGAGACGAUGGAUGAUACGGUAGACGAGGAGCUAGACGAGGAAGAGGCGGAGGAGGAUGAAGAGGAGGAAGAGGAAGAGGAAGAAGGGGAUGAGGAUGACGAACAGGAGCAAGUGGUGGCCAUUGAGAAAACGAAACAUUCUGCCCAGGAUGUACCCGAUUCGAUCGGAGGAGGAUUAUCGUAUCAGCGAGUUACCGGGCAGGCAAUUCGAUUAGAUGGUGAUAAUCAAUCCAACCAACUUAAAGAUGCUGAUAGCGAAGUGGAAGAGGAAGAAGAUGCCAGCGUUUCGUCGGAACCGUACUCAUCCUCGAAUCCAUCGGCUGAUAGUAGUUUAACCGAAUCCGAAACAGAUGAACUCUUACCGCGACCUGUACCAAUCAUCUCUCGGCCGGCACCGGUACCACUGACUACGCAAAUCGUAGUCCCGAAGGCACGUGUGACAGAAUCGGUACACUCGGCAAAUACUACGACGGCAGUACCUGUUAACAAUCCUCCUCCACCAACGGCACCAUGGCGCCGCCAGCGUGCCAUACCGACGCCCGUUCCGCGCCAAUUCUACGAGGACCAACCAACACAGCCCGCAACAGUAUCACGUUCGACGGACGACGUCGACUACGCUAACCUCUAUUUCACGUCCAAGCGCAACCUUUCGGAAAAGGAAAAUAAACCAACCGAACCGGAUGUGAUACUCAGGAGAACCCAGAGCUUCGAGAGCGAUGAAAAGUUCUACCAGAGGUAUGCAGAGCUGCGAGCACGAAUACAGGCUAACUCAUGCCCUCACACUAUCCUACCAUCGACGCCUAUUAACACUAAAACCAGUUCUGCCUCCAACAACAACAACAACAACAGCAGCAACACCAAUAAUAAUAACAACAAUACUACCACUACUACGGUGUCGACGCCGACAUCAAACAUAUCGUCGUACCUGGUGCAGCGGUCCGCUUCACUCAAGGAUCAUCGGACAUUAAGGAAAACAGCCAGCAAUUUGGUCAUUGGAAGCACAACAACAUCACCAUCGUCAGCUACUGGACCUAUGUCCGGCAUACCCACUAAUACCAGCAUUGUGCCUCCAGCAACCGGUACAGCCACUGCAGUAAGCCAAGCAACGAACAACACAACCGGCAACGCUAACGCAACCUCUGGUGCCGUGUCACCGCCGACCAGUCCUUCCGGAACACCGACAACGACACCCACUGCCGGACAGAUCAGGAGAUCAUUUGUACCACCGACGCGGGAUGAAGAAAGCGAAACUCAACGAAAGGCUCAUGCUAAGCGCGUACGAGAGACGCGUCGCUCAACGCAAGGUGUCACUCUGGAUGAGAUCAAGAGCGCUGAACAGCUUGUCAAGAAGAAGAAUGCUUCAGGAUCCGGCAACGAAAACGACACAACGGCAUUGGUGACUGCAACAUCCGCUAGUACAACGAUCACGCCAUCAUCACCAUCCUCAUUAUCAUCCUCUACAUCACCCUCAUUCACCAACAACGCCAACGCGACAACGAUAUCGGGCACCGCGUCCAUCAACGAUCGUGUGCCGUCGGUUGGAGAGAUCAGUGAUCAACAACAGCAACGCGGUAAUCAUGUUGCGGAAGGACUCGGAAAAGGUUCCAGCAGUGAGGUAAAAAUGGACGAUGUUGCUGUGUGUGCCAGUUUUACGCUUGCUGCACCGGGAACGUCUAGUGAAGGCGGUGGCGAUGGUGGAGGAGGCAACCGAAGGCAUCGUCGAAGUGUGGGCGGAAAUGAUGGGGAAGAGGAUGACAGUAAAGUGACGGUCUCUUAUACCAUAAGUGCUCCCGUACGGCAGAGUUCACCCAGUCCACGGACGACCGUGAACAACUCCAAAGAAAGCACCGAUCCACUAGCAGGAAGCGAUAUGGGGGGCGAUGUUCCUGUCGUAUCGGCCACGUUCCACGUGCCAGCGGUGUCCGAUGCGGAAGGUGUUGCAACCACUGCCACCAUCCGAACGACCGCAACUGCGGGUGGUAUCGUGAGUAAUAGCGAUAGUAAUACCACCUCCACCAUCACCAACACCACCUCCAACAACAACACCACCAGUGCAUCCUCUAAUACCAACCACAACACAGCCGCAACCUACACUAAACGUUCACUGUUCGAUAUCGAUAAUGCGAACUCACUAACAUUGGCCGAAAAGCUACGCCACGAGGCAAACAAGUAUGCCAUCGCGGCAGUAGCGGAUGGCGAUCUGGACAGCCAUCUUGUCACCCGGGUGCCAAAUAGCAAUAGCACUACUAAUAGUGGCGGAGAAAGUAACAGUAACAGCGGCAGCAGUACAAACGCACCUGUGGACAAUAGUGCUGUGAGUGCUGCUGCUGCCGGUUCUGCCGUACCGCCGUCGCCGACGCUACGGAAGUCGGCGGAUUCCGUUGCAACGACGGGUGCAACAGCCGAACGAAGGCCCUCGUGGCGGUUGAAAGUGGACGGUGGCAGCAAGUUCAAACUGGAAGAUGCGUCCACACCGAAUGCCGCCACACAGUCAUCGUCGGUAGCGACCGGUUCGGUGUAUGAAUCCGUCCCCGCUACUCAGGCAACAGAGCACGGUUUGACCACUACUAAGCUCACCUCCUCGUCGGCGCUGGCUCAACGGAGGGCGCAGCAACAGAAUGGUGACAGUACCACUACCGGGACAACAGGUUCCAGCAUUGCCGGUACCGCCGGUUCACGGCCACUAUCAACGUCGGGUCUUGCCGCUGGCGAACAGUAUAAUCGCGUGCCUGGAAGCGCUGCAUCUGCUGGAGAACAGACCGCAACAGCCAACAGUGGUGACGCUAGUCCACUACACCAUCUUCGGCGGCCACCAAAGUCGACAACGGGAGGUGAAGAGAAUAAGGAGAAUGACAAAGAGAACGACAACCGCAGUACGGCACAGGCGACGCAGGCGGUCAUCCAACGGCGCCGGCGACAGAAGCGUCGUUCGACCGGUGUUGUCUCCAUGGGCAUAGAGGAUCUUGAUCCUGAUAGGCAAGAUUCGCCCGUGGAUGGUGAUGACAAAGAGACUGGCUCGGAACGGGGUCGAUCGCGCGUCGGCUCGACCGCCUCCGAGUUGGACACGGGAAACCAGCCGCAAGAUUCCACACGGGAAAAUGGUGGCGACUGUAUCGACUAUAAAGCUCUCUAUGAACAGGAAAAAGCCGAUAAUGAUAAGCUUAAGAUGGCACUACGAAAGAAGGAUGAGGAGGUGGUAACGCUUAAGGGAGCCCUUGAUCGAUUUACUACAGCGACCACCAAAAACAACUCACUGUCGGAGCUCGAGAAGCGCGAACGGCGCGCCAUGGAACGGAAGAUGUCUGAGAUGGAAGAGGAGUUGAAGCUAUUGGAAGCACUCAGAACGGAAAACCAACGACUUAAGGAUGAAAACGGUGCCCUUAUUCGUGUGAUCAGCAAGCUGAGUAGAUAAUGUGUGCCGGCGGAAAGUGCGGAUAUCUUUCUGAUAGUAAACACACACACACACACGAACACUUUCCAUCACAACCAGCAAAACAAAAGGUCAACGUAUUCUCGUAGAGGACAGAAGACAAUAUUUGAAGGCUACUGCUGCUUUCCGAUCCCCUCGUUGCCUCGUUUCCUUUUUUUUCUCCCACGUCCCCCAUAAAACAGUUUCUAUCCACCGAAUAAUAUAUAAAUGUAUACAGUGAGCGUCCAUUUGCCGUGCCUCAAAUUAGAUCGUGAUCGGGCACGCCAUUAUUUGCCCAGGGCGAGGACGGAAGCUGUCCGGCGUGCGCGCGCGUGUGUUUGUGUGUGUGUGUGAUGGUUGAUCGGAUGUGAAAUGCUGAUCUCUGGCCACUUCUUCCUGUACGACUCGCCUAUAGAAAAACUAAACGUACACAACAUGGGAACACUUUAGGGAUUGCAUUGUGCGCGCAUAUUUGCAAGGCUGUUGACUAGUGCUUAGCGAAAAACGUAUGAACCGCGCCCCCUCCCCUAUUUUGCAUUCUGCUUUUAGUAGAUAGGAAGGUGUAACCGGAACCCUUCUUUCAUUCGGAGCCUCUACUCUGUUAUUAGAUCCUUCUGCGGUGUAGAUAGAAGUUAGUUAGGAUGAAUGGAAACGAUAAACUGUGAAGAAGGUAGAAAGGGGAAAGAGAUUUCAAGCUUAUUAAGGAGCAAUAAGAAAGCCACAGAGAGACUGGUGGAGAUAUUCAAGGGAAGAUAUUUGUAGUACGGCCGUGGUGUUUAAACCCGGCUUUAAAAGGGUUUAAGCAUUUGCGCGUUACAGCUAUAGUAUAGAAGAUCCCAAUCGUUUGUAGAUGGAGCACAGUACGCUCGAAUUAUGUGUGUGGUGUGCGUGUGUGAGUGUAAUAUAAAUUCUUGCGUAGUCAGUCAUCCGCAUGUCCGAUACGCCAAAACCUCAAGCUUCUACUCAGACAAUUGUAUACGUUUUUCGAUUUAUAGUUUUCGUUUCGCUUAUACUUAACUUCGUUUAAAGACACGUGUCAGUGAAAGAAUCCUUAUUUGUACGAACUUUAAUUUUUUUAUAAUGUUUUUUUCUCUUCAUUUUUGUUGAGUAUUAUUAUUGUCUUAUCUAUAUGCACACACUUUUACCUAUCGGAUGUCGGAAUGGAAUGUGUUAAUUUAAAUUAAAUUCACGGAUGUAACGGUAAUGCACCUGAAACGUGCCAAGCAAAGGAUUUAAAUGCGCCAAUAAUAGUGGCAAAACACUUAGAAUUAUGUAUUGUUUCACAUUGUCUAGAUUACGUCCAUUUAUGAACUAUGUUGCUUGAAGCGCACACACCUAGUUGGGGACCGGAGGCAGACAGAUCGUGGAAUUGUACAAGAAUAGUAGAAGAUUCACACGUAAAACAGAAAAAUGUAAAUGAUUGCAAAAGCGUGCAGGAAAGGCAACCACAAACGUGCACUUGUUUGGGUCGCUGUAUGUGUACGGGAAAGCUAGUAAAGAAUGAUUUGAAUAUAUGAUAUUUUGUUUCGGUUGUAGAAAGUAAGAGCGAAGGCAAGGAAUUACAGGGAAAAUUAAGGAAGCAGAAAUGUGGAAGAGCAUUGCAAUGAGGACGAUAUGUAGAUGUUUAUGCUAAAUUAAAGUACUAGAACAAAACGAAUGAUAGUUAGAAUGGAAAGGAAUCAGCCAUCACUGAGUGGAAUCGUUUUUUUUGUUAUCGAUUUCUGUAAUUAUCAAUCAAUCGAAUCAAAACAAACACAUUGACCCAAGGGUUUUCGUUUUUUUCCAAUUUUAUUUCUUAAUCUUUUACACGGUACCCGUGUUGCACUAUGUGUGCCCCCCCGACGGGCCUUGUUUAAGUGCAUUCUGCAUUCUACAAUGUGUUGUGUUUGUUAACUUUUAUUUGAUCUCGCAUUUAUUUUUCAUUUUCUACCAUUUUUAUAUAUGGGCCAAUCACACACACACACAGACACGCCUGAAGGGCGAGAUAUAUUUAUAGGUAAAACUGUGUACCCUUUCUCCGCUCGACAAGAAGAGAUGAAAACCGGCAAAUUUAACAAACGAUGCACAUGCACAUAUGGACAAAGGCGUGUGCAAAAACCCAGCACACACGCAUACAUACACACACCAUCGCACACGUACACAAGAACACGUUUGAUAAAUUAUGUCUAUUCGCAUCAUUGUCCAUUACAAUUAUUACUAUCUUUACUCUGUUCUUUUUAAACUGUAAUUAUUAUUAAUAUUAUGAUUAUUAAACUAUUAUGUAGAUUUUUUUUUUAUUUGAUAGGCGACCAAUUGCGAUAAACUCGGAUGAUUUAAAUAAAGAGGAAAAACUGAAUCCAACAGA